AAAAAUCGAAAUAAGUCAUAUUUCAGUCAAUUGAUCAUUAUUUUUGUGUCACUUUGCGUUUUUUGGGCAAAAAAUAAAUGUCUCUAUUUAAUCAUUUAAAAUUGUAUUUUCAUCACGUAACGAAGAAACGCGCUGUUAUCACCAUCAUCACUAAACCAUCGCAAAGAUGUUACGCCGAACUCGGAGUAAUGCCCGAAGAACUCGCGAAUAUCGACGAAGAAGCGGAUCCGGCGUUUUACAGUAUGGUUCAAUACAAUUUUCACAAAGCCCGAUUGGUAGUCGAAAAGAAAUUGGUUGAAUCGUUAAAAAAAAUCAAAGGGCAACCGCCGAUGAAUGAAGAGUGUCGAAAAGCUAAAGUAAAAAAUGUAAUGACUUAUUUGGAACAGUGCGAUUCUAUGUUGGAAAUUAAUUUCCCAAUUAAACGUGAUAACGGAAGUUACGAAAUGAUACGAGCCUAUCGAGCUAUGCAUAAAUGCCACAAAAUGCCCACCAAAGGUGGUAUAAGAUACGCAACCGGAGUAUGCGCUGACGAAGUUUAUGCAUUAGCAGCAUUAAUGACUUAUAAAUGUGCUAGUGCUAAUUUACCGUACGGCGGAUCAAAAGGUGGAGUUAAAAUCAAUCCGAGAAAUUACAGCGUCACCGAAUUAGAACGGAUUACGAGAAGAUUAACUAUUGAAUUAGCUAGAAAGAUGAUGAUCGGUCCACAAUUGGACGUCCCAGCUCCUGAUAUGGCAACUGGAGAAAGAGAAAUGUCUUGGAUUUGUGAUACUUAUCAUAAAACAUUUGGAUAUAAUGAUAUUAUGGCUUAUGGAUGUGUUACGGGGAAACCCAUUAAUCAAGGUGGUAUUCAUGGAAGAACUGCUGCAACCGGAAGAGGAAUCUUUCAUAGUGUCGAUCACGUAAUAAAUAGCGAACAUUUUAUGAAAUUGGUUAAUUUACCAGUUGGUUGGAAAAAUAAAACAUUUAUCGUUCAAGGAUUUGGAAACGUUGGUAUUCACGUAGCCCGAUAUUUUAGUAGGCAAGGUGCUAAAUGCAUUGGAAUACUCGAAAUGGAUGGUUCUAUAUACAAUAAGAACGGAAUUAACAUUUUAGAAUUGCAAAAUUAUAAAUUAAGUAAAGGGACCGUGGUGGGUUAUCCGGGUGCUGAAGCUUAUAAAGGAAAAAAUCUUCUUUUCGAACCGUGCGAUAUUUUAGUUCCGGCAGCCGGUGAGAAGUUAAUUACGAAGGAGGUUGCCCAAAAUAUUAACACCAAAUUAAUCGCCGAAGGUGCUAAUGGCCCGAUAACACCAGCUGGAGACAAAGUACUUUUAAAAAAGAAUACGAUAAUCCUCCCUGACAUUUAUGCAAAUUCUGGUGGGGUAACCGUUUCUUAUUUCGAAUGGUUAAAAAAUAUUAAUCACACUUCGUUUGGACGAUUAACCUUCAAAUACGAGAGAGACACAAAUUAUCACCUAUUAGCUUCCGUUGAGGAGUCUUUGGCGAAACACUUUGGUGGUGAAACCCCAAGAAUACCGAUCAUUCCAUCGGAAGCGUUUCAAAAAAGAAUUCAUGGCGCUUCCGAAGUGGAUAUCGUUCAUUCAGGUUUAGCUUGGACGAUGGAACGGACGUUUAAAGAGAUUUUAAUAGCUGCUAAAGAACACAAUUUAGGUACAGAUUUAAGAGCAGCCGCUUAUGUUAACGCUAUUGAGAAAGUUUUUCACACCACCAAUGAAGCCGGAUUGGCUUUUUAAGUAAAAACUAAUUGCUUUUAUUGUACAUAGGGUUUAUUUCUGUGUCAAAAUUAGACAAAAUAAAUUAAUAUAACAUA